AUGGCGGAUCCACUGAGACACUGGGGCUGCAGAGAACUGCCUCUGCUCUUCAUGCUCCUGACGACGCUGUGCGAGCCAGGAUUAGGGCAGAUCAGCUACUCGGUGCCCGAGGAGCUGGAGAAAGGCUCCUUCGUGGGCAACAUCGCCAAGGACUUGGAGCUGGAGCCCCAGGAGCUGACGGAGCGCGGAGUCCGCAUCGUCUCCAGAGGUAGGACGCAGCUUUUCUCUCUGAACCCGCGGAGCGGCAGCUUGGUCACCGCGGGCAGGAUUGACCGGGAGGAGCUCUGCGCUCAGAGCGCGCGGUGUCUGGUGAGUUUUAACAUCUUGGUUGAGAAUAAAAUGAAAAUUUAUGGAGUAGAAGUAGAAGUAAUUGAUAUUAAUGAUAAUUUCCCGCGAUUCCGGGAUGAGGAAUUAAAAGUAAAAGUUAAUGAAAAUGCAGCUGCGGGAACGCGGUUAGUGCUUCCCUUUGCGCGGGAUGCGGAUGUGGGUGUGAACUCCCUCCAGAGUUACCAGCUCAGCUCCAAUCUGCACUUCUCUCUGGCUGUGAAAAGCGGACCUGAUGGGCAAAAGUACCCAGAGCUGGUUCUGGAACGGCCCCUGGACCGUGAGAAAGGGGCUGUUCACGACCUUCUCCUCACAGCUUUAGAUGGCGGAGAUCCGGUACGUUCUGGCACCGUGCACAUCCGCGUGAUAGUCCUCGACGCAAAUGAUAACGCGCCCCUGUUUACUCGAUCCGAGUACAGAGUGAGUGUUCCAGAGGACAUACCUGUGGGCACUAAGCUGCUCACACUAACCGCAACGGAUCCAGAUGAGGGAAUUAACGCGAAAUUGACAUACUCCUUUCGCAACGAAGACGACAAAAUCUCAGAGACUUUCCAACUUGAUUCUGAUCUGGGAGCGAUCUCAACUAUGCAAUCACUGGACUAUGAAGAAUCUAGAUUCUACCUCAUGGAAGUGGUAGCUCAGGAUGGAGGCGCUCUUCUUGCCAGCGCUAAGGUGCUGGUCACCGUACAGGACGUGAAUGACAAUGCCCCUGAAGUCAUCCUCACCUCUCUCACCAGUUCAGUCGCUGAAAACUGUCUUCCUGGAACCGUAAUUGCACUGUUUAGUGUGCAUGAUGGUGAUUCUGGAGAGAAUGGCGAGAUUGCAUGUUCUAUUUCCAGGAACUUGCCUUUUAAAUUGGAAAAGUCAGUUGAUAAUUACUAUCACCUAUUAACAACGAGGGCCCUGGACAGAGAAGAGACAUCAGAUUAUAAUAUCACAGUAACCGCCACUGACUGUGGGACCCCGCCCCUGUCUACAGAAAACCACAUAUCUCUGAAUGUAGCAGAUGUCAAUGACAACCCACCGACCUUCCCUCACGCUUCCUACUCCGCCUCCCUCCCAGAAAACAACCCCAGAGGCAUUUCCAUCUUCUCUGUGACCGCCCACGACCCUGACAGCGGCAGUAAUGCUCGAGUCACAUAUUCCCUGGGUGAAGUCACAUUUCAGGGAGCGCCUAUAUCUUCCUAUAUCUCUAUUAAUUCGGACACUGGCACCCUGUAUGCACUGCAAUCCUUCGACUACGAGCAGUUGAGAGUCCUGCAGCUACUGGUGACAGCCAGCGACAGUGGGGACCCACCACUCAGUAGCAAUGUGUCACUGAGCCUGUUUGUGCUGGAUCAGAACGACAACACCCCCGAGAUCCUGUACCCCAUCCUUCCUACUGAUGGUUCUACCGGCGUGGAGCUGGCACCCCGCUCGGCAGAGCCCGGGUACCUGGUGACCAAGGUAGUGGCAGUGGACAGAGACUCAGGCCAGAAUGGCUGGCUGUCCUACCGCCUGCUCAAGGCCAGCGAGCCUGGGCUCUUCGUGGUGGGGCUGCACACAGGUGAGGUGCGCACAGCGCGGGCUCUGGUAGACAGAGAUGCGCUGAAGCAGAGCCUCGUGGUGGCCGUCCAGGAUCACGGCCAACCUCCUCUCUCAGCCACUGUCACGCUCACCGUGGCUGUGGCCGACAACAUUCCAGACAUCCUGGCUGACCUGGGCAGCAUCAAGACCUCUUCUAACACCGAUGAUUCGGGCCUCACGCUAUACCUGGUGGUGGCAGUGGCCGCUGUCUCCUGCAUCUUCCUGGCCUUUGUUAUCAUGCUGCUGGCGCUCAGGCUGUGGCGCUGGCAUAAAUCACGCCUGCUCCAGGCUACCAGCAGUGCGUUGACAGGUCUUCCCGCCUCUCAUUUUGUGGGCGUGGACAGGGUUCAGGCUUUUCUGCAGACCUAUUCUCAUGAGGUCUCCCUCACCUCGGACUCUCAGAAAAGUCAUCUGAUCUUCCCCCAGCCCAACUAUGCGGACAUGCUCAUUAGUGAAGAGAGUUGUGAGAAAAGCAAGCCUCUUCUGAUGUCUGACGAGAUAAAUGCAAACAAAGGAGAAUCGGGAGUCGUUCAGGUUAGUUUUCUCUUUCAGUUAAGGAUGAUUGAAGCAUUUUCUUCAUUUGUUUCCUCAUUCAUUUUUCUGCCUCAUUCAAAAUUAGCUACUUAUAUAAAUAAUGAAUCAUUAUUUGCUCUAUUGGAUAUUGAUUUGCUUUAA